AUGAAGUUAGAAAUUGAGAUCCUGAGUGGCCUAAGAGAUAAUCCGUUGGAGGGAGUAACCAUAGUCGAUACCUAUGUACCAGGAAACGUCAUAGUUUGCGUUUCACGAUAUGUCCUGGGGAGAUUGAAAGACUCCUACGAGCAACCCUUAGACUUGCACUCGCGCCCAGAAAAAAAAAAGUCAGAGUUUGCGCCAUUCUCGAUGGGAACCCACAGCUGUACCGGCAAUAAUUUAUCCCUCGUGCAGCUGCGUAGUGUCAUCGCCACAUUUUUGACAAGAUAUGAUAUCAGUUUUGGACCGAACGAGGAUAAUUCAACCAACAUGCUGGAGAGCUGGCCAUCUGUUUCAUCCCUGGGACACUCAAGUAAGACAUGUAGCGGGAAAGAAUGUAUGGGCGAGGGCAUGAAAGAAUAUAUGCUCUGA